CUCCUCGCUCCCGCUCCUCUCGCUGUAGAGGGCUCGGAGAGCAGCUCCCAGCCAGUGUGCUCAGCCUGCCUGCCUGCCGCUGUGUGUGUGUGAGCGCGUGUGCGUGCGUCUACUUUGUACUGCGAGGAACACAGCCCAUGUGCUCUGCAUGGACGUUACUGUUACUCUGUGUAGCUUGAUUUUCCACAAGCAGGCAAGAUGUCCAGCACGCCACACGACCCCUUCUAUUCUUCUCCUUUCGGCCCAUUUUAUAGGAGACACACACCCUACAUGGUACAGCCAGAGUACCGAAUCUACGAGAUGAACAAGAGACUGCAGUCUCGCACAGAGGAUAGUGACAACCUCUGGUGGGACGCGUUUGCCACGGAGUUUUUUGAAGAUGACGCCACGUUGACCCUUUCCUUUUGUCUGGAAGAUGGACCGAAGCGAUACACUAUCGGCAGGACCCUCAUCCCCCGCUACUUUAGCACUGUGUUUGAAGGAGGGGUGACUGACCUGUAUUACAUUCUCAAACACUCAAAGGAGUCGUACCACAACUCAUCCAUCACAGUGGACUGUGACCAGUGUGCGAUGGUCACCCAGCACGGGAAGCCCAUGUUUACCAAGGUGUGUACAGAAGGCAGACUGAUCCUGGAGUUCACCUUCGACGAUCUCAUGAGAAUAAAAACGUGGCACUUUACCAUUAGACAGUACAGAGAGCUGGUCCCAAGAAGUAUUCUCGCCAUGCAUGCACAAGAUCCUCAGGUCCUGGAUCAGCUGUCCAAAAACAUCACCAGGAUGGGGCUAACAAAUUUCACCCUCAACUACCUCAGGUUGUGUGUAAUACUGGAGCCAAUGCAGGAACUGAUGUCGAGACACAAAACUUACAACCUCAGUCCACGAGACUGCCUGAAGACCUGCCUGUUCCAGAAGUGGCAGCGGAUGGUGGCUCCGCCAGCAGAACCCACACGGCAACCGACAACAAAGCGGAGAAAAAGGAAAAACUCUACCAGCAGCACGUCCAACAGCAGCGCUGGGAACACCACAAACAGCACGGGGAGCAAGAAGAAGACGCCGGCCGCCAACCUGAGUCUGUCCAGUCAGGUACCUGAUGUGAUGGUGGUAGGAGAGCCAACUCUGAUGGGAGGUGAGUUUGGGGACGAGGACGAAAGGCUAAUCACUAGAUUAGAAAACACGCAGUAUGAUGCGGCCAACGGCAUGGACGACGAGGAAGACUUCAACAAUUCACCCGCCCUGGGAAACAGCAGCCCGUGGAACAGUAAACCUCCCGGCACUCAAGAGACCAAAUCAGAAAACCCCCCGCCCCAGGCUUCCCAGUAAGGCUGACCUGACCGGCACUGGAUCCACCGUCGAUAGGCCCGUGGGUGACACUCACUAUUUCAGAUCACUAUUCACAGGAGAGAAAGGAGGAGACAUAAAAAACUUUUUCACGCCAAUACCUAUUUCUAAACCCCAAUGAUCUGAGUUUCUUUCUUUCACUUUUAUUUUUUGUUUAUUUGUUAACUGAGAGGAUCAUUCCAAAUAAACGUCCAUGACCCUCCCCCGGAGGCCUUCACAGGUAACAUAGAUACUGGCACUGAUCGUACUUAAAACAAGAGCAGACGCUAACGCUUCUCCUGACACGGUGUUUGUUAAUUUCCUUUCCCCUGCAUCAGACGAAGGCCACCUCGUCAAUAUGCCCUCAGUGCUCAGGAUCCCGUUAUAUGCCCAACCUAACGACAGAUGACUUUUUACUAUUGUAAAAUAUUUUCUGCUUUUUGACUUGCAUCUGAGAGUUUCUUGUUUCAGUAAAAAAAAAAAAGAAAAGAAAAAUAUCCACUUUGGGAAAAUUAUUUAAAUGUACCUUUUUGGCUUUUUUUUCUUCACCUUUUCUUUCAUUGGGUAACAGCCAAGAGGGCCCAGCAGGGUAAUUUAUGGGUGAGCUAAUGUCAACUGGUUCUCCAGCCCACGUCGGUGCAAUUGAGCCCACGUUGGUGCAAUGGAGCCCAAGUGCUGAAACAAGAAAUGUCUUUUUGUCAUCAAAGUCACCACGGCAGAUUUUUAUGAAAGAGCGACACUUGGCCCCUUGAGAAUUUAUGCAUUUGUAAAAUUGCUGUUGAUCCAAAUAUUUUCAAGCCAUGUAAUCCAUUCCUUUUGUGUGCAGUUUAAUAAAUCUGAAACUCCUUUGUGUUUUUUAUUGUAUCUGAGUUGACCGUUGUUUCUUUUCAUCAUAUAUUGCUUGUAUAAUAAUUUGUAAAGCCCUCGCCUGGUUCUUUUAUGGGGAUUUUUUUUUUCUUUGGGGGCAAUACCAGUGUAUUUAUGUGAAACUUUAUAAGAGAACUAAUUUUUCCAUUUGCAUAUUAAUAUGUUCCUCUACACAUGUAAAGACACAGUGGCUCCGUGUGUUAUAAAACAGCUGUAUUUUAUGUAUGCUUUACUGAUAAUUGUGCCAAUAAUAAACUGUGUUAACGACCAACGCA